AUGAUUCCUGUCCUCCUGGUAAUGCUUCCACAGCACUCACCUUCUGUGCCUCAAACCAAGAAGUCCCCUUGUUUCCCAAAAACCAGUCCCAGCCUCUCCAAAGAUGGAGACUUGGUGAUUGGGACUUUUCUCCCCCUGUAUUCAGUCAAAGUUAGCAGUGCCAAAGGAGCAGGACUCUUUGGGAGCCAUCCUGACAGUGGCUGUAGGGAUUACAAGUGGCUACAUAAAAAUUACCAGCAGGCCCUGGCCCUGGUAUUUGCUGUGGAGGAGAUCAACAAGGACCCAAAUCUGUUACUAAAUAUUUCUUCUCUGGGAUUCCACCUCUACAAUGCCUACCACAGUGAUGAGAGAACUUUGGAGACCUCCCUGCGUUGGCUGUCUGGGCAGAGCCAGCUUGUCCCUAACUACAGAUUCAGGGGGCAGGAGAAGUCUGUGGUUGUCAUUGGAGGAGCCACAUCAGCUCUGUCUGUCCAGAUGGGGACACUGCUCGACCUCUACAAGGUUCCACAGAUCAGCUACGGUCCUUUUGAUUCUAUCUUGAGUGACAAGAGUCAGUUUCCUUUUCUCUACCAGCUUGCCCACAGUGACUCCUCUUUGCACCAUGGUAUGGUUCAAUUAAUGGUACAUUUUGAAUGGACAUGGGUAGGUCUGGUGACCACAGAUGAUAUGAGAGGUGAGGAAUUCCUCUGGAACUUAAGAGGGGACAUGAUUAAGCAUGACAUCUGUCUGGCCUAUGCUGAGAAGAUCCCAGUCAGUGAAAGAAGACACACAGAAUCUCAGGAUACGUUUGUGCCACGUAUUAUGCAAUCCUCAGUCAAAGUCAUUGUCAUUCAUGGUGACACAGAUUCACUUAUGAUCCUUAGAUAUUCACAGCCUUUUUAUUUCUUCCUAUGGAAGGUCUGGAUCUCUACAUAUCAUUUGGAUAUCACCAUGAGACCCCAAUGGAAUGAUGGCUACAGUUUCCAUGGGGCACUUUCAUUUUCACAGAUGACAAAAGAUGUGCCAGGUUUCAAAACCUUUCUCAGGACCGUGAACCCAGAAAAAUAUCCAAAGGACAUUUUGCUUAAGGAGUUCUGGUGCUCUGCAUUCAAAGGUCAAGAGAAACUUGAAAAUCAGGACCAAAAGGAAUGUUCCUCAAAUGCCUCCUUGGAGGCUCUAUCUCUGCGUUUCUUUGACAUGACUAUGACUAGUCUGACUUACACCAUCUACAAUGCUGUGUAUGCUGUGGCCUGGGCCCUCCAUGACAUGCUCCUGAUGACAUCAGAAAGAAAAUCUAUAAGAGAUGGAGAAAGCUGGACUCCUCAGCCAUGGCAGCUCCACUCCUUUUUGAAGAACACCCAGUUUAUCAACAGUGCUGGUGACCAGGUGUUUGUGGAUGACACAGAAAAUUCUGAGGCCCAAUAUGAUAUUAUGAAGUAUUUAUUCUUCCAAAAUGAGACUGAAACUCUGGUGAAAGUGGGACACUUUAUCCCCAAUGCUCCCCUUGGUCAAGAUUUCACCAUUUGGGAAGAGGAGAUAGUACAGAGCUGGUUUGAGUCAAAGGUUCCCUGUGGAGUUUGCAGUGAAAGUUGUGUUCCUGGAUUCAGGAAGACCCCUUUGGAGGGAGAGGCUGCCUGCUGCUUUGACUGCUUCCCAUGCCCAGAAGGGGAGAUAUCUAGUCAGAUGAAUGCAGAGCAUUGUAUGAAGUGCCCAGAUAUUGAAUAUCCAAAUAAGGAGAGAGAUCACUGCCUCCCUAAGAUUAUAACCUUCCUGAAUGUGAAAGAUACUUUGGGGAUGACUUUGGCUCUACUAGCUGUUUUUUUCUCUUUACUGACUGCCCUGGUUCUGUGGGUCUUUGUGAAAUUCCAAGACACUCCCAUAGUCAAAGCCAAUAACAGGACUCUCAGCUAUACUCUCCUUGUCUCUCUUACCUUCUGUUUCCUCUGUUCUUUGCUCUUCAUUGGCCAUCCUACAACUUUCACCUGUCUCCUCCAACAAACAAUAUUUGCAGUUGUGUUCACAGUAGCUGUUUCCUCCAUUUUGGCCAAAACCAUCAUAGUGGUUGUGGCUUUCAGAAGUAUAAAACCAGGAAGCAGGAUGCGCAUGUUCAUACAACCCAGAGUUUCUAUCAAUGUUAUUCUCAUCUGCUCAGGAAUUCAAGUGAUUUUCUGUGGCAUCUGGCUUGGAACCUAUCCCCCCUUUCCAGAGGCAGACACACACUCUGAAUAUGGCCACAUAAUCAUUAGAUGUAACGAGGGCUCAGUUUUUGCCUUUUACAGUGUCCUGGGCUAUGUGGCCCUCCUGGCUCUGGGAACUUUUACUGUAGCGUUCCUAGCCAGGAACCUACCUGAUACCUUCAAUGAAGCCAAAUACAUCACUUUCAGCAUGCUGGUGUUUUGCAGUGUCUGGGCCUCUUUUCUGCCCACUUAUCAGAGCUCCAAAGGGAAGGCCAUGGUGGCUGUGGAGAUCUUCUCCAUCUUGGCCUCUAGUGCUGGGAUACUGGGCUGCAUUUUCGUUCCUAAAUGUUAUAUCAUACUCUUGAAGCCAGAGAGAAAUACCCCGGAACAGUUAAAAAAUAAACAGGUUUCCAAAGGCAAGAUUUUUCCUUGA